GUGACUACUCCUCUUUCCCCUCACUCUGGUAAUGCUGGCAGCAUCCAUCCACAGUACACACUGUGCUGUCUCUGUUCCAGAGAGAAUAUAUCAGUUCUGCACAGGGAGGAGAGGAUUAACACAACAUCAGCUCAUCUGCGUAGACAUUCAGGGAACAAAUGAGCACCCAAGGCUUCUUCUCUUUUCUAUCCAACUCCAACCAUCACAGGACUUGAGACUCUCGUCGUUGGAGCAUCGUUCGUGCAAUUCUUACUGUGGUGAGAGGAUUUAAAGGAGGACACAUUUUUUGCGUAUUGGAUUUUGCGAUUUGUGUGUGCUGUUUUUGUUCACUUAGUUGAGAAUUGUCAAAUUGGAACAAUGCAAUUAAUAUUACUUCGUUUAAACUAGCUCUAAGCAUCCAGUUUUUUCCAGGGGGCCUCUAACUUUUUGGACUGCGCUAGAAGGUUUGCUGCUUGUUCAUCUGAUUUGGCCAACCUGAGUGUCAGAAUGCCAUCCAGGGAGUCUUACGAGGUCCGGAAGGGAGAGAAGUCCCUGGUGCAGAAGGCCAAGCAAGAGGCCAACCAGCAGGACAUACUGGCAGCUGCUCUGGGGAUGAGGAUCUCAGGACCCCAGAAACCUCCAGCCACAAUCUGGCAGCCUCUCAAACUGUUUGCCUAUUCACAGCUCACCUCGCUGGUCCGCAAAGCCACGCUGAAGGACAACAGCCUGCCACACAAGUACGAAAAAGUCCACAACUUCAAGGUCCACACGUUCCGGGGACCUCACUGGUGUGAAUACUGUGCCAACUUCAUGUGGGGGCUGAAGGCUCAGGGAGUCAAGUGUGCAGAUUGUGGUUUGAACGUCCACAAGCAGUGCUCCACUAUGGUACCCUGCAACUGCGUGCCAGACCUGAAACACGUCAAGAAAGUAUACAGCUGUGAGCUCACAACUCUGGUGAAAGCUCACAACACCAAGCGACCCAUGGUAGUGGACAUGUGCAUACAGGAAAUUGAAUCAAGAGGUCUGAAGUCUGAAGGGCUCUACAGAAUGUCUGGAUUCAGCGAUUCAGUCGAAGAUGUCAAGUCGGCAUUUGACAGAGAUGGUGAGAAGACAGACAUCUCUGCAAACGCUUAUGAAGAUAUCAACAUCAUCACGGGAGCACUUAAACUGUACCUCAGGGAUUUACCCAUUCCUGUCAUCUCAUACGACGCCUACCCCAGGUUCAUUGAGGUUGCAAAGCUGGAAGACCCAGAGAAGCAGCAAGAGGCCUUCCGUGAGGCUCUGGAACUGCUGCCUGCAGCACACAGUGAAACCCUGAGGUACCUCAUGGUCCAUUUAAAGAGGGUAACGUUGAAUGAGAAGGACAACCUGAUGAAUGCCGAGAACCUGGGCAUUGUUUUCGGGCCCACCCUCCUGCGUGCCCCAAACCUGGAUGCCAUGACGGCACUCAACGACAUCCGUUACCAACGGCGGGUGGUGGAGUUCCUCAUAAAAAAUGAAGACAUCCUCUUCUGAAAACAUACAUCCAUUCUGCUGAGAUAUGGAAGGAAAGAGCCACAUUUUUUUGUAAAACAGCUUGAUGCUGCCUAAUCACUUUUUUUGUGCCAGGACUUGAAUAGUAAAGAAUCUUUGUAUUACAUUUGUUAUAUAUCCAUUUCCACUUCCAGUGGAUUAGUGCUGAACCACACUUUUUCUUCCCCUGUAACGGGUGUGGAUGAUGAUGUACCUUAAACUUGCAUGUCUGUCUCCCCAUUUUUGUCGGGGCUUGUGUAGAACACUGAUGGACCAGACUUGGCCGUGUCUUUAUUUUGUAUAGCUUUGUAGAAGUAACCCAGCAUGUGGUAAAGAUUGUGAAACAUUGUUACUCUGCUAUUAUUUGUCCUGUAGAUUUACAGUAUCUCCCGCCCGGUUGCCUAUUAGGCAAUUGUUUUUGUGAACAUUGUAUACCUGGAUGUGAAAUAGACUACUGUAUCUUCUCUGAACCUUUGUAAUGAUCUUUGACUGAUCCUGUCUUUUUUGCAUUUUCAGCUGUUUUAUAUGCAAGUCUUCUUUAGGGGAAAUUCAAAGCCUCUUUCAAUCAGAAAACAAGUAAUCAGUGUACUUUUAAGUGUUCUGUUACAUUUCCUAACAGUCAAAACUUUAUUGCAUUCAAACUACUACAUUUGUGCAGUUAAUGUUUUUUUAUUGUAAUAUUUGUUUACUUAAUUUGCUCAUGUACAUUUUUAUUUAUUAAACCUUGCUUUCUGAAAAUGCA